AUCCAGCAACUUUCCAUGGCAGAAGGGAGACUUGACUUAAUUUCUCCCAUAUUCUAGUCCGAUACUAACACAUUGAAAUGACUGUAAACACCUGAGAUGGUCUGGCAAGACUGCCCAUUCCCAGCGGGAGACCUUCUCUUCAAUGAUGUGAAUUGGGCCAGUUGCUAUUCUAGCAGACGGCCGGGUCUCCCGGGGCAGGGGGCACGAAUGCUAUUCGGUACGGGAGAAGAGAGGCAGGCAGCCCCGCCCACCCCGCAGUUUCCUGCAAGGAAACACACGAACUUCUUGGCGUCAGCAGAACAGCUGAAAUCUUCCUUUACAAAAAGUAGUACGCUGAAGCGAAAACGCAGCGAGAAGGCAAGGGGGCUGCUCAGAGAAAGCAAACGAAUGAAAAUGAAAUAACGGGCUGGAGGAUGCAUGCAAACGUUUGGGUUUCACAGAACUUAUCCUCGCCGCGUUCACUGUCGUAUGAACUAGGGCCUUAGUGGAAGGUGCUGAUCUCGGCCGAACUCGCACUCGGGGCUGCAGCAAUUGGUUGAUUUCCCGAAAGCAUCCAGUGGUUUCUGUUAGGAAACGAAACUGAAACGGCACUGCCGCCGCCGCCAUGCGGGGAUCCCGUCGAACCUUCCCGUGUCUUCUGCUGCUCUUGCAGCAGUCUGCUUGGGCAGUUCUGAGGGUGUCAGUGCCCUUGUCGCCAAUCCGUGCCUUGCCGUCCUCUGAUCAGCGGCUGCCGUGUAACUUCUCAGACCCUUUGAAGCCCAUAAACCUGCGUAACUUGGCUGUAGUGUGGAAAAGAGGCACAGAGAAAAUUGCUGAGUAUUUAGGCCGCUUUGAGGCAAUGAGGCAAGGGGCAGAGAUGUCAGUGGAGCGGCUGCAAGUGGGUGAUGCUUCUCUGCUGCUCCCACAAUUACAGGAUUCAGAUUCUGGUGUCUAUACCUGUGUUGUUAUUUUCACACCUGAUAAAGAUGAGGGGAGAUUUGAAUUGAAGUUGGAAGCUGAGCCAUGCAUAGCACUUGGAUCCACAAAGCUGCAGCUGGCCAGUCAAGGUGCUGUCACAUGUACGAUAUCUGGUUUUUACCCUGGUGAUAUCUCUGUGGAAUGGCUGAAAAAUGGUGCGGUUAUAAAAGGCCCCCAAACAUCUGUUCACCAGGACAGUCAGAAUGGCCUAUACAAUGCAAGCAGCAUCUUGGAACUCACACCAGACAUUGCUGAUGCGAAUGCCAACUUCUCCUGCCAGGUCAGACACCGAUCGCUCGAAGGCCCACUCAAAGAAAACUUUCAACUGCAAUUGCAAGCUCUCCCAAGCCUUCAAGUCUUCACAGGGGUGUCACAGAACACUCUUGAGGUGCUGGAGUGCCUGGUGAGUGGAUUUUACCCCCACGAUGUUCAAGUUCAUUGGCUGCAAAAUGGGGUGCCCCAACAGCAGGUAGAGUCUAGAGAACCCCAAACACUGCCUAAUGGGACAUUCCGCAUGCGGAGCAUGAUCCGGCCCGAAGAGGUGGACCCUGGAGUCAGCUACGUCUGCCAGGUGCAACACAAUGCAUGGGACAAGCCGCUGGAAAUGAGAGCCCACUGGCAACCGAAAGAUGAAGUUGAAGGAGUUUCUUGCCCUACACCUCAGCACCCCCCGAGUUCAGGGACAGAAGGAACACCUCAUUCAUGCUCACCCACACCUGUCCCUACAUCUCCAACUUCUGCUACAGGAACCGUUGUUUGGCCUUGGAUAGUAUUCACACUCGGAUCGAUGCUUUUCGUUGCAGGUGGAAUAAUGCUGUAUAUGGCUUUUAAGAAAGGCAAGAAUAAGUCGUAUCCAGAUACCAAAAGGAACAGCCACCUGGAUCCUGAAUCAGUACAAUGCAUGACGAAGCCAGAAAAUGACUAUAUCCCUGACUAUACAGGUACAUCGAUGUGAAGCCCUUUUGUGUUACCUCAGUAAUUUGCUGAGACAGACUGCUUCACUGAAUCAAGAGGGGUGCAGUUAACAGACUCUAUGCAUCUGUGGCUCCUUAUUCAGCAAGCUGUUUUGGUGGCAUGUGAAGUGCUGGAAUUGGGUGGCUAGCUUCUGACAUCCUGCAGUGAUUGCAAAUCUAUUAGCCCUGGACAAUUCAAAGGGCAGCUGUCUUUGGAGUUAAAGGUGUCCUUCUGUGACCCAAAGGAACUAGAUUUGUUCCUAGCAGUACUCGAUCGAUGAGGGUAAAUUUCAUUUGUGUUUUGUUUUUAUUUUAAAAUAUGCAAUGGAUAUUUUAAUAUUGGCCUUCUAUAUUUCAGAACUCAGUCUUGAAAUUAUCCUUUUUUUAAAAAAAGGGGGUUGCAGCAACAAGCUAAAGUAAUCUCAAUGCAUUUUGAGACAAUGUUAAUUAUAAUCUUCUCAAGGGAAGUAUAUCAGGCUGUCCCCCCCUGCCCCCCCUAAAACCUCAUCAAACUCCUAAGAUUCCAGGAGAAACUGUGGAGAGCCAGCUUGGGGUAGUGGUUAGGAGUGGAAGACUCUAUUCUGGAGGGUUUGAUUUCCCCCCUGUUCUUCUCCACAUGAAAACAGCUGGAUGACCUUGGGUCAGUCACAGUUCUCAGAACUCUCUCAGCCCCACCUAUCUCACAGGGUGGGGAGAUGUCUGUUGUGGGGAGAUGGAGGGAAGGCGAUUGUAAGCUGCUCUGAGACUCCUUCGGGUAGUGAAGAAUGGAGUAUAACCCCCCCCCCCCAACUAUUCAUCUUCUGUUCAGAAUAAAGUAAAACACCUCCAUAAGGGGCCAGACUAGACCAUAUGUUUUCCCAUGAAUUGGGUCAGGGUUUUUAACAGUCUUCUAAAUAGUCACAUGGCAGUUGCUGGGAACACAGUGUGCUGGGACUCAACCUGGAGAGGAUUCAGGAACCCAGCUUGUGGGAAAAUGUGUUGCUUGGACCUAGGAGAUACCGGAUUUUGAGUCUUCACAAGCAAUUAGGAAAAGUUUGUUCAACCGUCCCUCCCACUACCUUCAGCUUUACUUAGCAGCAGAAGCAGAACCC